GGUACAGAGAAAUUAAAAAAAUAUAAAUAUUAGCUUGAGAAAUACAAUUACACUGCUUAGUUAGCAAAACCAUUAUAGAUGCAAAAAGAGAAUCGCGCAAAGUAGUCGAAUCGGACCGGACCAGAAAAGUUUCAUGAUUGGUCGAGCCGUACCAAAUAAAUUCUGCGUUUAGUCGGGUUAAGCCGGGCUUGGUUCGAAAACUUUCAUUAUCGGGCCGGGUCAAAAAUUUUUCAGCCCGUGCGGAUCUCUGGUAUCGCAAAAAUUAUCUAUUACAAAUAUAUACGUUCUACUAUAAUCGAUGGUAUGUACGUAAGCUCUUAUUUCGUUAAAACGACUGUGUUAUGGCUAUGUGAAAUAAUGAAUCUGACAGAAAUACAGGAUGCGAAUAUCAUUGAAGAAUUAACUAAGAUAUGGAUUAGAUUUGCCUGUGAUAAAUUGCAUACAAAAUAUUGUCAACAUUAUUUUAUUUCUAACAUCAAUAUACUUGAAAAUUAUAAUUUGGAAUUGUUAUACACAAUAAGCAAACUACUAACUGAUAAUCAAACAAACAUAAUCAAGAUGUUAAUAACAAAUUCUGCUGAUGUUGAUGACGAAUAUAACAAAGACGAUGCAGAAUAUGAAUACAGUAAGGAAUACAUUGAACAUGAAAACUUAGCCGAUAAAGAACACUUUGAAAUUUUAAAAAAAUAUUUUCCUUAUCAAAAACACGACUUUUUUAAUACAUGUUACAGAGUCUUAUUAAAUACGUUCAGUUCAUCUGAUACUUUAUCGGAUGAACGAUUUUGGACUUUAUACAAACAAAUAUUUCUUGAUUAUAAAUCAACUACUACAAAUGAAAAUGAUACCUAUGAUGACAAAAUAUCAUAUAUGAAAUUUAUAGCCAUGUUUCAGAUGAGUAUAAAACAAAUGAUGUAUGCUGUUGAUCUAAUGCCAUAUUUAGAGAAUGCUAUUAUUAAACCUGUAAACAGCGAAUGUACAACUCAAAUUGUGGCAGACAUUAUCAGAAAUAUUCUACAAAAGUUCAAUCAACAAUCGUUAGGAGAUACAUAUCGCAUUAUAGAUGGUAAAAAUUCGGAGUGUAUGAAACAAUUGUAUGAAGGGAACAGUUUAUUAUUGUCGCAAGGACCUGAAAUAUUGUCGCAAGAUGACGUAUUAACAAAAUCAGUUUCGGACAAAUAUCUGUUAAGGUGUCAUUAUCACAACAAUAAUAAUCAAAGAUGCAAAAGAUAUGGUUAUGUAUUCGCAAUUAAUCAAUUAGCUCUUUGUCUUGAUCAUAUGAAUGAACAUAACAAAGAUAGGAAACAAGCAUUAUUAACACGUUUUGAUAUUGGACUUGAUUAA